CGUGAGCAGUGGCCCUACGCCCCCACGCUGUGGAAGGUGAAAAGAAACUAAACAGUGAUAAAAUGUCUCUUACAGCCUAAUAUCCAUAUUUCCCAAGUGUUUAAAAAGAAAAGAAAACACAAGCCACAAGUCAGCCAGGUGGGCUCCAGCCAUCUUAUCGCCCAGGAUCUAAGGAUUCAAAGCCGGAGGCCAGUUGGAGGCUGAGGUCACUAUGUAACAGGAGGCGCUGCUGCGUUUGAUGGGAACACAGCUCUGACGUCAUUUCCUGGCGGGAUUUCGAUCUGAAAAGGGACGUAAACAACACGGGGGAACUUUUCACCUGCGAUGCCGCUGAUGAGAGUAACGUCAGUGUUUUCCUGGUAAACAAGGCUUGAUUUGGGGCCGCUGCUCGGAGCUUUUUGUUAAGUGAUAAUAAGUGAUGAUGUAACGUAACGGUGAUUAUCAAGUUCACAGCGGUUUCUUUCCGAAUAGCGUUCAUGUCCGUCAAUCUCUUUAUUUCAUCCAUUUAGACUUAUUUGCAACGUCAACCUCAAUCAAAGAAGGCACGGCCACGGUUUUGUGAUGGACCCACCUGACGAUGAGGGGACGCUCCAUCAGACGGUGGAGGCGGUAGCGCUGAAUCACGGGCCUCCUCCCGACACCUCCAGCGGACCGAAAGAUACUCAGCCUGCAGACAUGCUGAGGAUAAAACAACAGAUGUCCAACCAGUGCUUUGAGAUGGCAAUACAGCUACAAGCAGCAAAAAGUAAGCUAUCAUGCAGUACAUCGGAAGCUGAGAGAGAAUUGUCAGAAUAUGUCAAUGAGCUGGAAAGAGUCAAGACAAUUCAUUUUAACAGCACAUUUACGCUGCACAGGAUGCAGAUGUGGCACGCUAUUGGAGAAAAACUGAAACAGACUGAUUCAGACGCACUCGCCCUGAAAGCUGUGAGUGAUCGCUGUAUGUCUCUUUGUUCACAAAUAAAACAGCUUCAGCAAGAGACGAGAGAUUUUCAAGAUGAAAUCACCAAAAUACAGAAGAAGAGGCUUGAGAUGAAGCGGCUCACGCAUGAGAAGAUGAAGGAGAUUGAUGACUUGAUGUCCAAGACAGAGCACCCAGAUACAGAGAAGUACAAAGCUGUGUUGGAGAAGGGCCAGGCCAACCUUGAGAAGUACAAAAAGAUGACUAUCAUCACACAGAACGUCCUCAGGGGCAUCCUCUUGGCCUGUAAAGUCAACUGGCUCGAUGACCCAAAACUUCGAGACAUCGCCAUGACGCUGGAGGACUUUCCCAUUUCUGACUAGUCAAGGAACCAACUUACUACAUAUGUGUCUGUAUUAUAUUAUCAAAUAAAUAAUAAAGAAACCGCUUGAAUCAGUA